CGGAUGACGGUAUAUCCUCUAUUCGUAAAGGCUAUACAUUACUUGAAAUAAAAUCAUGAGUUAUGGAGGUGGCUACCCUCCUCCUAGUGGUGGAUACCCCCCUCCGCAGGGUGGUGGUGGAUACCCUCCUCCGCAGGGUGGCGGUUACCCUCCUGCAGUACCGGGGCAACAAAUGAGUAUCACCGUGGGCUUCGCACAACCAGGAGUGAUGCCAGGAUAUCCACCCGAGGCAGGUCCACCACCUUCAAGUGGGCCUCCUCCCCCACCCGGACAGCAGUGGGCACAGCCUGCACCCAUGCCACAACCACAAGUUGGUGGAUACCCGGCUCCACAAGCAGCCGCAGGGUUCACCACGCCAGGAUAUGCACCAGUACCCGCUAACAUUGAUCCAUAUGCACAACAACGUCAUCAUCAACAACAACAACAACAGCCUCAGUACUAUCAACAACAACAACAACCGCAGUAUCGGCAGCCACAGUAUCAACAACCGCAGUAUCAGCAACAUGCACAUCAGCAAGCGGCACCAGUACCACAAAGAGUACAAUCACAGCAAGUACAUCCUGUGGCAACUGCACCACCUCCAGAAAAUAUGUACGAGCAAACACCUCCAGCACCAAGACCACCUCAGAAAGUCACAAAACCUAAGCCAAAGGUUCCACCACCAAUGGAGAAACCCGAAGCUCUGAAAGAAGAGCAGAUGUACAAGAUUUUAGAUCAACCGUUUGAAUGCCACGGCACUGUCAAACCAGUUACACCAUUUGAUGCCGAACAAGACGCUGAGAUAAUAAGAAAAGCCAUGAAGGGAUUAGGUACUGAUGAAGCUGCCAUUAUUCAGUUGAUCACAUCACGGUCCAAUGAACAGAGACAGAAAAUCAAAUUGCAGUUCAAGACAAUGUACGGCAAGGAUUUGAUUAAGGAUUUGAAUAGUGAGUUGAGUGGUGACCUGAAAGAAACUGUGAUGGCGCUGUUCAUGCCGACUACGUACUAUGAUGCCUGGUCAAUCCAUAACGCUAUCAAGGGUCUGGGUACAAAUGAAGAAAUCCUAAUAGAAAUAUUGUGUACCAGAACAAACGAUGAAAUCAAGGAGAUUGUUAAGACGUACCAACAAGAAUUUGGUAAAUCACUUGAACAAGACUGCAUUGGAGAUACUAGUGGUCAUUUCAAAAGGUUACUUGUAUCAAUGUGUCAGGGCAACCGUGAUGAAGGCAAUUCAGUAGAUGAUGAGAAAGCGAGAAAGGAUGCAAAUGAUCUUUAUCAAGCUGGGGAGGGUAAAUGGGGAACCGACGAAUCAACUUUCAACAAGAUUCUAGCAGUAAGGAAUUUUGCUCAAUUAAGAGCCACAUUUAAGGAAUAUGUGAAGAUUUGUCAGCGUGAUAUUAUAAAUUCUAUCGACCGUGAAUUCUCAGGUGAUGUCCGGAGUGGCAUGCGGGCUAUUGCCAUGUGUGUAAAGAGUCGUCCUGUGUAUUUUGCUGAAAGAUUGCAUCGUUCAAUGCAUGGUCUUGGUACAGAUGACCACACGUUAAUACGAGUAGUCGUCUCAAGAUCUGAGAUUGAUCUGGUGGAAAUUAAAGAAGCAUUUUUGGAGAGAUAUUUAAAGACACUUUAUUUGUAUAUAGAGCAAGACACCAGCGGUGACUACAGAAAACUACUUCUCUCAAUUGUCGGCAAAAACUAAAAAUACUCAAACUCUGAAUUUGACUGUGAAAACCGGAACCUACUUAAAGCAUCACUGACAUCAUGUCGCUUUGUUUUAAUUAUGCCUAUCUAAUAACUAUACUCCUAAAAUUAUUUACCAAACAGUGUGACCUCUGAAGAGGACUUAUUUUGUAGACAUUCUGAGUCAAAAUGGAAUCCUCUAAAAUCAAGUUUUAGACAAAUAUUUUAUGUGACUAUAGGUGACUCAAGCACAAACAAAAAUGUUGUGGCUCCUGAUUUCCUUAGUUUUCACAAUAUUUUGUUUAAAAAUGUACAAAUUGUACAAAAAUCAGAUGAUUUUUCAGGAUCACUAUAUCAUUGUUUAUCAAUAACACGCCAGAGAAUUAACACAACUCCAUGCAUCACAGCAAAUCUUUGUGUGUUCAUGUCAGUGUCAUAUCAGCUUAGAGAUCACACUGUUACUUCUUUUUAAAACCUGUGAACAUUAUAAUUCCGUCUGUUUUGUUCUAAAUAAACUAUUUAACUAAAUAAAAGGAGAUUAUGAAAAAUGUUGAUCGCAACUUUUCUGGUGCUGAACAUAUUUUUCAUUAGUUGAUAAAGUGCGCCCUCACUGUUUGCUCUAGAAAUGCAAUGAUGUUUUUUUCAGAAUAAUACCAUAUAUGGUAAUAUUCAUCUCCAGAGUAGAGGAAGAUGUCAAAGUAAUUGGAUGUUUAUAUUUGUUAUGUAUAUCUGUGUAUAUAUUCUUAAUACAUCUAUGAUAGAUAAAUAGAUAUAGAAUAUAUUAUAUCAAAGAUUUGUCUGUAGAUCAGAUUAGCUUCAUAAUUAUUAUGUUUAUUGUAUAUCUAGAAUUGUAUUGUUUUUCGACACAAACACACAUAAAUAUGCAUGUGAACUCAGAUAUAUAAUUCAAUUAUAUAAUUAUUAAAACAAAUACAAAAAAGUGUAAAAUGUUACAAUUGUACCACAGAGGUCUUGAAUCAACUAUUGAAUCUUGAUUUUUUUGUGGGGUUGUAUAGCAUAUAGGAGUGAAGUACAAAAGAUCCAAUCAAUUGAAUAUAUUCAAAGCGUAAUUGUUUAUUAACACCUCUCAAAUUCGCAACAAAUAAUGUUACAAAUAUGAUAGAUUGCAAUAACUUUACGACACAUACACCAUUACUGUUUUAUACACCGUAACUGUCACAUACCCAUAAUUAAUAUAAUAUUUAAUGAGACCAAUUACCAAAUAUUACCUAUUAUUUAUCUUGUUUAUCAGACAUAACAACUUUAUCUAUUUAAUAGUUCUACCAGGAAAAGAUGGGUUUAAUACUCGUGUAUUGUCGUGGCUCGUGGUUGAUUGUCUCUUUAGGACCCUUGUUGUCAUCUGCCUUUGAUUAACUACUAUAUGUACAAAAUAUGUUAUUUAUUUAUGCUCCUAAAAGAAGGAGGGCAAGGGGGGAUAGCUGGUACAGGUUACAGGAAAUAAAACCGGCAUUUUACGUUUUUACAGAAAAUAAAAUUAAAGUUCUAUUUACAAUAAAAAUAGGUUUUUACACUUUACAGAUAAAGCAAAUUCAAUUUUUAUAUUUGAUAAUUUGUGUUUAAGAAUCAAAAUUGGAAAUUGCAUUAGAAUUACAACGUUUUAUGUGGAAAAUGCUUUAUACACUUACAAAAAAAAAAGAUCUCUGUGCAAAUUACGAACGAAUAAUAGAGCUGAUUACAUUUAUUAUGAAAAUAAAAACAAUCGAUUACAGCUUACGAAAAUAAAAACAAUUGAUUACAGCUUACGAAAAUACCCCUUGCCGACCCUCCUAAAACUUUCAAUAAUAUAUUCCAAUAUUCUUUUUUUUUAAUUUGUUGCAUGAAAAUAAUUUGUUGUAUAUGUCUGGAUUUUGAGAACAGCAGCCUAACAGAAAACCUCAUUAGCGAAAUACAAUCAAUUGGAUCUUUUUCUCACGGUUUUGCCAGAUUUUGUGCUUUUUCUUGGAAUGAGCAUUUAAACUGAUUAGAGAGUAUGAUAAUAAAGCAAUUUCAUCUUGUAGUGUGUUUAUUUACUGAUGUCAAUUAUGUAAAAAUUAGGAAUUAUAA